AUGGGGCUUUACACAUGGGGACGAUCAGAGCUGUUUAAAUUUGGUCAACCCAUUUGCUGCAAUUCUCAGCUUGCGCUGAUCGACCAUCAUUCGAUGGACCAGAACUUAGAAGUUCGUCUCCGCUCUAUGUGUCAGCGGCGUGCUAUCGCAAUUCGCUCUCUGGGAAAAAUUGCUUGCCGCUGGAAAUUAACAAAUUCAGAGGAGUGGUGGAGAGAAGUGGAGUGUUUCGACAGCGAUUUACUUACGGGUGUCACAGCACCUGCCCUGGAAGACCCACUCAGCUCUAUUCUUUCCCUGCUGAGUAUUCUCUGUCCCAGUAGAUUUCCAAAGCAGCCGGACUGUGGCCUGGUGCUCCCCGACACGUGUGCACGGGUGUACGAGCACGAUAACGAGAUCAGGAAGGUCGCUGACACCGUGAUUCAGUCUGGAUCGCUGGUCGAUGUGCUUGGCAUCUGUGAAAUUGGGCGCGGCACAGCCGUGCGUCGUUCCUAA